CAGCGGAACCGAAGGUCACCUCUCCUCGGCGGCUUCACCGUGACUCCAGAGCUUGUUCUCUAACCGUAUUAUAACACAAUGGACAAUUUUGACAGCUUGAACGCGUCGGAGAAAGCCGAGGCUACGGAGCUGCAGCGUAUGAUCGCCAUAGAGCAGCAGAAAGCACAGUUCCAGGCUCAGGUUCACACUUUCACCGACGUCUGCUGGGACAAGUGCGUAGACAGCCCGGGCUCCAAGCUGGACUACCGGACAGAGACGUGCCUGGUGAGCUGCGUGGAGAGAUUCAUCGACACCACUUUGAGCAUCACCAACCGCUUCACCCAGAUGGUGCAGAAGGGCACUCAUUAACGAUGGACUUAUGGAUGCCAGCUGGACUUUAUUAUGAUAUGAAUAAAAAAAAAAGUUUUGUAUUCCUAAAAUGUCUGUGGAACGUAAUGUGAAGAAGAUUUUAUGACUUUAUGAUUUAGGCUUGUGCCCCAUGAGUUAGGGGGCCUACAGGGGCCAAAAAAAUAGUUCAGAAUGGGAAACUUAUACUGUUAUGGUUGUAGCUGCAAAUGGCAGCGAGACGUACCUGUUUGAAUUGAGAAGUCAUGUUGGACAUCAGUAAACUGGCACAGUAUGCUCAUGUUCACCAA